GGUGUAAUAGAACAGCCACAGCUUAGUGGACAGGAGAUCCAACGCUUCAUAACGUCCUUAGAACAUGCCACUCACUGCAGAGAGCCCAAAUGUCAACUUGCAAGUUGUGCCAAGAUGAAGCGUGUUGUGGAACACACUAAAACUUGCAGGCAAAAAACGGGCGGUGGAUGCCGAAUUUGUCAAGGGCUUAUUCCUCCUUGUUGUUAUCAUGCAAAGCGCUGUUUAGAAAGGAAGUGUGUAGUACCGUUCUGUCGGCAUAUCAAACUCAAGCUCGAACAACCACAGGUGCGGCAGAGGUUUGCUCAGGCUGAGACUCUUCCUCAUCGUAUGAUGCAGCGUCAAAGCAUGCAACCUCCACCUCAAAUGUUAGGUGGGAGCUGAGACUACUUAACUGUAACUUAGUGGUAGACCAUCUGAACUAGUAACCAAAAGGUCAUUGGUUCGACGACUAUUGGAAAUACUCAGAUUUUUUUUACCGAGCCAGGGCUCGAAAUAAUUUCCAGAGAGUCUCCAGACACGAUGAGUGGCCAAUUCAUUUUAGCUCGGUCAAGUACCAUUUCAGUCCAGUCCAAAUAACUCUUAAAACAGGGUCCCAUGAAACAAAACUGGCAUUAUAUAUUUCCAGAAAAGUCAUUGCUUAGAGCUUAUAGCAAUAUUCAAAAUACUCAUUGUCAACAAUAAAAAGUAAUUACAGCGGAGAAAUGAAAAUAAGCUAAUGUGUGUUAAUAGGUCACUGUCUGUUAAGACUAACACGUAACACAUUAAAUAUCAUUAUCAUACACAUUAAAUUUGUCUGGCGCCUCCAGUUAUGAUGAUUUCUGGUGCAUGAACCCUGAUGUCUGUUUCAAUGUGGGAAUUGUAAACAACGGUUCUAGUUGCAUUUCACCCAGAAUUUCAGAUCAAAGUUCCGCAAUGCACAGCGACUCGCUACAUCCUGAUAACAACUGAAACAACUUAACAGCAUGGAAAUUUCAAUUUAUUUCAUUUUCAAUACAAUCAAAUGUGACAGGUCAACAUGACCGGCAAGAUGAAAGGUUGAUCCGUCAACUCCCCAAUCAGCCUGGACAUUGUCCAUUGACCAGGCAUUAUUUUGACUCCUGCGAGCCACCUGUGUCACUGACUAAAGAAAAAAACCACCUUUCUCAUGUAUUCAACAGAUUUAAAAUUCACCAUCACAUUUCUAUCAUUAUUAUUAUUUCUCAAAUUACUUAAGGCAGAACACUCAACUUACCUACUUAUUUCUAACACAAUGUCAUGGGCAAGGGAUUACCAAAACAAAGCGAAAAGAGUUUUCAGUAAAAGUUGAUCAUUCUAUUCUCAAAGAACAUUUUCGGGUUUUUUUGCAAUUACUUAAUUGCACUGCAAUGAUCAUAUCUUUAUUAAAAGUUAUUUGUAAAGCUGGAAGAAAAUCUAUUCUUGGUUUUCACAUGACGUCACCAAAAUUCAAACUAAGAAACUUCCUAUUUUCAUGAGCUAUUACAGCACCCAAACACCUUCAUUUAUACAAAUUUUUGUUUCAAAAGGGUUCUUCGUUUUGCAACAGAGGACACUUGAAUUUCCGGGCUUUUGUUUGACACUGCAUUUAGGUUGUGGCUGGGAAAGCUCUUAUGUCAGUUAAAAAUACUACCAAUUUUUUGAAAUUUUGGUAUCAAAACAGAAUAGAUAUUAUACUUUAACCGUUAUGAGUUCCUCAAGAGAUGAAUUCUCGCAUUUGUAGGAAACUCAAAUUUGAGAUGUUUCUGUUGUUUUUCCAGUGGCCAUAUUUGCGCCCCUCAAAAGGAAAACCAACAUGGCAUCUCCAUAGAAACCUUUAUAAAUUUGGGUAAAAUGUUUUUUCUGAAUAUCUCAAAUAUGAAAUGUUGCACAGACCUGACACUUGGUAAGCUGUUUUGUAUGUUCAUUUUCUUUCAAAAAAAAGAAAAUUUACAUAAUCUUUUUAAAUUAAUAAUUACUACGACUCAAUUUUUCAAUCUUUACUUUUGGGGCUCCUUAUGUUUACAAAGCUCUCAAUGGAUAAUCCCCCUUUUGUACGACAAGAGCACAAAUGUUGAUUACGUGUUUAUCUUUGCUCGCUCAUCACUCUUUGUAUUGGACUGUGUGUCUCCACUCACCUGAAUGCUAGUUUAUGGAACUGUUAGUAUCCCCCUUUUGCCCCCCUCCAUAUGGAAGAGUUUUGAAGUGAGUAACACAUUUGUCUCGAAAGAAAAAUCUGAGUACUCCUGAAUUCAAGGAGUUGAACCUAUGACCUUCUGGCCCCAGUUGUUCAAAAGGUGGAUAACGCUAUCCACCAGAUAAAUCUCCAAAACAAUUCUUGAGUUAUAUUUUCUUUUUAUUUUCAUUUUUUGUACAGGCAUGAAAGAAAACCAGGGAUUAAAAGAAGCAAACAAAGGCUUGGAUUAGCUGGUAAGCUUUAUUGAUAUGUAUUUUCCCUGGAAUGCACUAGUGGUUACAUAUUGUCCUUUGUUUAAAUGUUGUUUUUUUGUGGUGUGCAUGAAAAUGCAUUAGCAGAGAAAAGUAACAUUCACUCCUAGAUAAAGUUAUGGUAAGAUCAUUUAUCGCUCAAAAUCUUGUACCAGCCUAAUAAAACAUCUUGGUGGCUGUUGAUUUAACCUGAGAUCAGGCUCUGUUUUCGUUUCGCUUGGAAAAUUACAUUCCGGCGGGCAAGGCGAAAUGAAAAGAGAGCCUGAUACAAACCUUCCACGAAACAUCUGCUGCCCACUUUUUUGAUUGAUUGACAUUUGCCGAAUCAGCCAACUAAAAUUACUUCCGUUGCUUGUUUUUCGAGUAUACAAAUUUUUCACGAAUGGGAAAAAUGCAGACUGGCUGAGUUAAAAAAUACCUUUUAUCUGUCUAUUCUUUCAGCUAAAAAUAAAACAGUCAGCACAAUCACAUUUAACUUCUUGCGAAAUUACAUGUAAGGGAGAUCUCGAAGGUUAUUUCUGUUGACGUAGAAGGUAAAAAGUUUUUGAAAAGACGGCAAAAUGAUGUUCUACUAGUUUUAUUAUUUUGGCUUGGCGCGCUCGAAUUUAAAAUACUGAAAUUCCUAUUUUUCUGUUGCCUUAAUAUUUUCCUCGGCAAUUUUCCCCGACUUUCAGUACAUAAAUCUUUAAAAACAAAAGCAAACAGCCAACGAGCGAGGACACCAGUUUUCCUGGUUUAUAUUUUACAAAAAGCGAAGGCAAACAACCAGUCUGUUACCUACAAAAAUUCCUUGAACAGUGAUGCGAUAUUUUUUGUCUAAUACUUCACAGUUGGCGAUUGUGGUUUCUUUUGCAGUGAGCCUCCGCUUGCGUACCCCGUUCAGAGAAGUCAUUCCCGGCUAAACUUUCAGAUGAAACCAGUUUUUAGAUGGACGGUAUUUUGAUUUGCACUCGUUUGUUGGUAAAUCAAAAGGCACCUUGUUAGCGGUCAACAACUUGCAGAGGGAUUCAACUCCGCGGUACACUCACAUUAGUUCCAUAAAUAAAGCAAAUCCUGAGAAGAUAUGAACAACCAUAUGAAUUUUCUGAAUUUCCAUGGCACAUAUAAAGGCAUAUUUUCCCACUAUAAGACCAUAAAACAAUAAAAAAGACAGCAAAGUCGAUCCUUCUCUCCGCCGAUGACGGAUCAUUCACGAAAACAACCGCGCAAGGAAUAAGCGCUUUCAACUUCCGGCGUUUCGGACAGCCAAUCAGAUCUUGUGGCAUUGUUCUAACAGCCAAUCAGCGUUAUGGCCAAAAUCUGGCCGUAACGAGCACAAACGUGAGAGAGUUUGUAUCAGGCCCAAUUUCAGCGGUAGCCGUUAGAGAGAAUGUAUGAGAACCGCUAAAAUUUGGCCUGAUCUUAGGUUACUGUUGAUUGUGUGCAAGAAGUAUUUGGAAACUGCAAAAUUUCCAUGUGGUCACAUGCAACAAAGAAGGUCUACCAGGAAGAAAAUUAUGCAUUUUUCUGGAGACUGACUUUUCACAGAGGACACUUGUUGUAAUUAAAUUCUCAACAACAUCAAAGCUCUCAGAGACUCUGCAAAAUUUUAUGAUUAGUGUAACAACAGCAGUCUCAAACACUUAAUAAGGACAAACUCAAUCUUUAAUGGCCGCCUCAAAGCUACUACAAAAGCGCCUGUUUUUUAGGUCACGUGGCUUACAACCACAAGCCUACCAUGACACCUUUCCUUCUUUCUUUUUUUUAACAAAAAUGAAAAUAAAAAAAACUUCAUUGCACAAUGGGCACUUAAUAACCAGUGAAAGCCCAACAACUUCAGCCAAAGCACUCAACGCAGAACACUUUGAACAAAGAAAGUCAGCUGUUUCAAAAGACAAAGUGUUCAAUGUCUAAGCAAGAAAAAGAAAGAGAAAAAAAACAAUUUUUUUAACUGUCUCCUGUAAUCAUCAGGUGUAGUCAAGCAUGGUCCUUCAAAUAGGCAGGUGGCUUUGACAACCAACCUGGGGCCCGUUUCUCGAACGCCCCGAUAAUUAAAGCUCUUGUUGUUUACAUGCAAGAUAGAGGUUUCAAUAGUUUUGCAUCUAACAUAAAACUGUCAGUUAGUGAAACAAAAUGAAGUAGUUUGCUGGCCAGGACCGGUGCCCUUAUUCUUUAUAUUUUGAUUUGAAUAUUUGAUUUCGGGCCCGAAAAGUUACCGCGCCUUUUGAGAAACGGGCUGCAGCUCUAGUGAUCCUAUUUUCAACUAGCUGAGACUUGUUAAGUGUUGUGCAUAGAGGUUGGGCCUUGCUAGAUAGUGAAACAGGGGUUUUGGUCAGCUGUUUAGACAGGUCUCCUCGAGCUGGCACUGUUGGGAAUGACUGACCCUCUAUUGGCUCAGGUCCUUGGAGUUUCUCUGGAGAGGCUGCUAAAUCCGGGGGUUGCAGGGCUACAGCAGCCUCUCUAGGUUGUGAGCUGUAGAAUGGCUCUCUGCUCCUGCAGAGAUGUUUUUGGUUUUUUCGGAGGAUUCUCCCAUCUUCUGUCUUUAAGUCAUAGGAUCGCAUAUCUGCUAGUUCUUCUAUUUCUGUUUUGAACCAUGUCUGGCUCUCGUCACGGGGAAGUGGCAUUACUCUGACUGUCUCUCCUUUCACCAAUGGCAAGAGCUCCUUGAAGGUGGGUUCGUGUGCGUCGCCCAAAAAUACGCUGAGCUGGCGAGGUGUUAAGCCCCUCCAUUAGGGUGUUUCUUCAGCUUAGCAGAGAAAGAAAAUAACCGCUCCUGAUCUUUUGGCUUUCUUGAUUAAGCUCUUUGCAGUCUUGACUGUGUUUUCUACUCGUCAAUUGCUUUGCGGGUAGCCCUGGGAGCUGGUUACAUGCUCAGUCCCAGAUGAUCGCAAAAAGUUCUCAAAUUGCCACUUAGCAAUUCAUUAGGUGUUCCAUGUGUGACAAAAUGUCUCUUAAGCUUCUUUAUGAUGACAGUUCCUGUUUUACUGUGUAACUAUUAAUCCACUUCGAAAUACCCAGAGUAGUAGUCUACUGUGCAGAGAUAAUUCUUGUCAUCAAGUGUGAAGAUAUCACUGGCAACUUUCUCCCAGCCGGCCCUGAUGUUGGCUCGUGACAGAUAAGUGGUUCUCUGGUCUGAUUACUCUGAAGCGACAUACAGACGUCACAUUUCUGGAUGUAUUCAGUGAUUUCAGCAUUCAUUCCUGGCCAGUAUGCUGUCUCCUGUGCUCUGCAUAAACAGCCUUGCGACCCAAUAUGGGAGUCGUGUAGCUUCUGCUUGAUCUUUUUCCUCAGGGUCUGCAGUAUGAUACGUCGCUGGCCCUUGAAUAUUACACCAUCAUGUACUGAGAGCUCAUCUCAUGUUUCAAAGUACUGUAUUUCCUAGAAUAAUAGCUGUCCCUCGAUUAAUAGCCUCCUCGAAUUAUCACCCCCCUUUGACGGAAAUACUUAAAAUAAUCGGCCCUUGAAUAAUCGCUUGUCCCCUGCCCUCUCACCAUCUUCUCUUCCUUUUAUCCCCUCCCUGUCAAGUGUAAGUGCAAUGUUAUCCAGCAAAACUGAUCAGUGACGAUUCAAGCUAUGGAAAUUAAUCCAGGAACUAAAAUUGAAACACUAAAAAAGCGCAUGUUCAGUUAAUUUGAUGUGAUUAUUAUUUGAUUUAAUGGAAUAAUAAAACAAAAUACAUAUUUAGGACACGACUUCCAGUGAGCAAUAUUUGAAAUAAUCGCCUCCCUCAAAUAAUCGCCCCCCUUUUUGUGCGAAAAAAAGAAAUAAAUUGCCCCAGGCUAUUAUUCAAGGAAAUGCGGUACUGGUGAAUGGCUGCUGGUUGUUCAUCCUUUGUAUCUGGGAAGCCACCCAAGAUUCCUUUCUUUACAAACUGUAGAGCUGGAUCACAAGCUGUCUCUCUCUGAAGUUCGUUAAGCUGGUGGUCUGGAACAGGAAGGAAGUGAGUGGCAUUUAUGCACUCCACCUCUGAUUUUGAGGCUGAUCGCUCAUAAUCCUCUGAAUAAGCUCUUGACAGGGUAUCAGCUAGCAGCAUCUCCUUGCCAGGCUUGUAGAGUAUUUCACAGUCAUAUUGUUGAAGCCGCAACAGUAGGUGCUGUAGUCUCUUGAAAACUGAUGCCAGAGGCUUCUGCGAAGUGGAGACUAAUAGUUUGUGAUAUGUCCAGAGGAUGACCUUCCCGAACAUACACAUGGUAGUGGUUGUGUUCCAUGCCGAAGACCUGGGCCAGCAAUUCGUUUCAAAUCUGUGAGCACUUCCUUUCUGCCAGUGUGGGUGCUUUGCUUGCAUUGGCUGGCCUAGCUGCAUCAGUACAAAGCCAAGUUCAUCUCUAGAUGCAUCUUCUUUUGGGUCACUCUCAGUGAAGUACUUGAGUACUGGCGCUUUGGAGACAGCAUCUUUAAUCUUCUCAAAGGCAUCUUCCUCUUCGUGAGUCCAAUAUUACUCAGCUUUCUUAUGUGUUAGAUGGCACAGUGGCUCACACAGCUCUGAUAGGUCUUGUAGGAACUUAGACAGAUACUUCACAAGCCCAAUGAAUCUCUGCCAGUCACUCCAUCUUAAUUAUUGCUUUGACUUUUUUAGGAUCUGCUUUAAGCCCAUUCUCUGUCAUUACAUGCCCGGUGAAUGACACUUCACUGCACUUCAAUUGAACUUCUCCUUGUUCAGCUUGAUAUUUCUCGCUCUGCAACGAUCGAGGAGAUUCUUCAGAUUUUGGUCGUGCUCAAGGUCAGGCUUUUCAUCAGUGUCUCCCUGCCCAAUGAUGAGUAGAAGCACCUAAUGAAAUUAAUUUGUGAACAGCAAGUUCUACUAACCUCUUCUAGUCCUGCUACAAGUGCUAGGUCGUCUGCGAAUCGAAGCUUGGGAAGAUCUCGCAUAGGUUGUCUUCUGCUCUGACUAGGCUGAUUCGGUAGACCCCACUCAUUUAGGCAGUCGAGGAACAGAUGCAGAAAGUAGUUGAGCACAAUAACGAAAUAACAGGAGCAAGGGUGUAACCUUAGUACCCUGCUGUAUUGUCAAAGAAUGUGGUUUCUUCUCAGGACCAAUUGAGUAGCCCAGUUUCCUCAUUUAGUGACUUUGACUCAGCAGCAAUUGGUUAAAGUUGAAGUGGAAGUGUGUCAGACAUUGCUUACCUGCUUACGUGUUCAAGACUUUCCUGCCUACGUUUUCCACCGCACCUUACUAGUCAACGCCUUUAUUAUAGGCUCGAUCUUAUUUUGCCAGAAAACAUAUUCAAGUUAAGCAAAAAAUUUAACCCUUGGAAGGGCUAAUGGCAGAAAGAUGAUCAUCGCUUUUUAUUUCUUUUGUUCUCUUAAUGGAACUCAAGUUCAGAUGAAUUUGAGAGAUUUCUUGAUAGGCAAAUAAGUUCUGCUCUAUUAUAUUGAAUUCACGGCUGCUAUAUUAGAAAAAAUGCGAAACAUCACACAUGCUGCAAGAGUAGUGUAGGAUAUUACAAGAGGGAGUACCUUACAGGAAGUUCUUUUUAUAGGUCUUUGACUGGAAAAAUUUUGAUGUUUUUGGAUCCCUAGUUGAUUAUGGGAGGUGGUCACUUGCAAUGUAAAAAGAGUUGGUGUCGCAUGGAACUUAUCAUAAACAGUUACGUUAUGGGAAGGGAGGUAAGAGGCUGGGUAUUUUGAUUUUGUCAAACACAAAAUACAAGUUUAAUGUUUACUACAUUUAGGGGUGGGUCUAGAGGUGGGAAUUUUCAGCCACGUGGAUAAGUCACUUUUGUACCCCAUUCUCAAAUGUUUCAGCUCACCAACCCCAUACUUACAGCGGUGAUUAUAUUGGCGUGAACACCUCAAAUAUGUCUGGAAUGUUUAUUGUGUUGCAACCAAUCACAGGUAAGAUCUUCACACCACAGAAACCACAGGCAACGAACGGUUUCCGAUCGGUCAUGGAACAAAUUAUUUUCGUUUUGUUUAAGGAUACAAACUGCCUUAAUAGGAAUUUAAAACAUCGCUGUUCCCCAAGAUCAGUGCCAAGGACCGCAUCCAGUACAUCGUUCGAUUUUAGAAAGAAAAGGUCAGAAAAGUCUUAGAAGCCAACGCGACGCGACGGCGACCAGCUUUCCAUGUAACGACAUAUCACAUGAAGACAAUAAAAAGUGAACUAUCGUGAUGUUUUCGUUUCUGAUAGCACAGUCCUUGCUAAUAUUUUUUUGUAGAACAAGGGGAUUCGAUUUGUGUGGACUAACGAUUGAACCUUCGAACUACUAUCUACUACCUACGAUCAGGCGCAACUACCGAUUUCGAUCGUUACAAAAAGUUUGAAAACUCGCGCGCCAAACCGUCGCGUGCGUAGGCCCGGCACAUCGGCUUUGUAAUUUAUUUCAAAAUCGCUCAAACCUGUAUUCUUCGCUAUUAUAGCAAAUACUGUAAACAAAUAGGAAGGAAAAGCAAUUGUUUACUUGUAAAAAGACUGAAUGUUAAAACAAAAUAAAAAUAAUUUGUUCCGUGACAGAUAGGAAACCGUACGUUGCCUGUGGUUUCUGUGGUGUGAUGAUCUCGUCUGUUAUUGGUUACAUCACAAUAAACAUUCCAGACAUAUUUCAGGUGUUCACGCCAAUAUGAUCACCGCUGUAACACCUGCCAAAUGAAGUAUCAACAGGUCCUAAUGUUAAUCCAUUAUUUUUGCAGAUUUUGUACCAAAAGAUGGUCUAUUCAGAAGAGAGGUCAGGUUUUCCAUGGACAGAACCCCAUCACAAAACAUUAUUAUCCCAAAUUAAGGAACUAGAAAGAGAAAACAAUGGCGGCAUGAUAUUUGGUUUAGUAAAUCAACGUUUUGUAGUAUUGAUUUUAACAUUAGGAAAGAGGAUAAGGGUAGGGAUCAAAUCAUAAAGAUCUGUCAAUGUUUAGUACUCGUAUACGAUGGUAGGCAGUCAAAAGGAAAAUUGUAUCUUUACUUAAAUGUUGGGCUCCUCAUAAGAGUCAGGUAAUUUUCAAAAAUACACCUUAACUUUUUAACCAGCUUUUAUUAAACUGCUGCAAAUUCAAGAUGGCAUUUUUUCGAAAAAUAAAUUUAUGGGCGUGAUUCCUCAAAUUUUUGUCAUUCAUUGUUCAUUAUUAAAUCAAGUGUCAAAUAAUUAACAACUUGAGGCAAGAAUUCAUACGGCUGGGAUAUUUGCUCUCCUAACCAUUUAUCAUGAGAGAGAUUUUACAUGAAAUGGUACUAAUUGGGAAGUCAAAUGCUAGGUGCUUUCCUUUUUUAUUUGCUGGAUUUUUUUACUUUUUUGAGACAUUUUCCCGAUAUUUUACUCUGAAAUUUUUAUCCUACCCAUAAAUGUCAACAAUAAAAAUUUUCCCAUUAUGGUUUAUCAUGGCGUCUAGGAUAUAACGGAUAUGGGAGUGUUAUAGAAUGAUUUAUGAAAUUCCUACAUGGAAACCUGGACCUAAGUGAGUUUUUAAUUUCUUACCUGUAUUUCAUUCAAUAGGAAUGUUACCCAAACCCAAGUAAAAUAAAUAACUAGGUUUAAGCUUACCCAAUAGUUCCAGGGUCGUUGCUAAGAUUUCAAGUUGCCGUGUUAGUGCCACAAGUAGGCGGGAAAUCAAACUGCUAGGGAUUUCUUUUGAUUCUGUUUUUCUUCUAUUUUUGUAUGAAAGUAGCUGGGGACCACAUUCGUAGUAGCCGGACGAGAUCCCCGGCCUUCCAGCUCUUAAUGACAGCCAAACUAAUACACUGUAAACACGAACUAUUAUUAUCAUUAUGUACUUGGGAUGGAUUCCUUCAGUUUAGAUCUUAGGCGGGGUUCUCCCUCGUCUUCAGUGCAUGGUAUAAAGCAACUAAAAUAAAUGUGCAAAAUUAAGUGCUCAUUAGUA